AGGCGUCACUGCUCUGUGCCCCGGUCAGGGGGCGGGACGGCGUCGCGUUGCCGGGACACGGGGCGGAACAAUGGGCGAUUGUUGGUGAAGUGAAGCCGCCGGGGCCGCGGGCGGAGACCGGAGACCGGAGACCGGAGACCGGGGACCGGGGCGGGAUGGCUGCCAGCAAGACGGCCACCGACAUGAAGCUGUACAACUUCGUGGCUGCGGACACGAUGUGGGCAAAUUCAAUCAGAUUGGAGACAGAGGCGGCCAAGAAAUGGGUCAACAAAUGGGGCUUUCUGGUGACCCAGCGCGAUCAGAUUAAGGCUGAGCAGGAGAAGCUGAGAAAUAAAUGCAGACUGCUUACUCCCGAACACCUGAAGGUUCGGCCAGCGUCCCCAAUCAGCAAGUACAUCAAGGUGGGGCCGUCUCCCGCUGUUCCACAGACAACGCAAGGUCUCAUUGGCUGGAGGUCAGCGGUGCCAGGGCUGGAGCUGGAGCGAUAUGGAAGCCCCCGGCGAGCAAAAUGGAGCUUUCUCCAUCAGAUGAAGUGGCCAGAAGACAGCAUCGAGUAACUGAUCACUUCACCGCGAGUCCACUGGUCUUCACAAUGAUGCUCAAGACUGCUGCUUUUAAUUUCAGUGUAGUCGCUACUCCUGGUUGUCCACGCGGUUUUUAAAGUUAUAUAUUAAUUGGAAAUACCAUUCCUUCCACUAGAUUUAAAAAGCAUUUUGGAAACCUUUGAAAGAAAGGUAUCUUUCCACAAAAUAUCUUUUGAAUUCUUUCCUUCCCCUUGUCCCUUAUAUACCAUCAAGUUCCUUUAAACUUGGCGAGUCAUAGACAAACUAAUCUCAAUUCCAUAAUACUCUCAGACACAAUAAUCCUCAAUGUCAGUAUUUAUUCCACUAUCUUUAAGAAUGUAACGCCAAUUGAGAUAGUAUAGCAGAGUGCAGAGACUUUUCACAGUCAGUGAGGGCUUUAAUUAUUCUGUCUAAUUGACAAGAAAACCCCAUGAGAAAUAUUCCCAUGGCAUUAUCUCACUUAGAAACUGUAAUUCAGCUUUGCAAUAAAUUGUUCCUCAACAAAUAGGGAUUUUGUUUGUGUCUAUGUAACUUGUUGUAGAUUGGAAUCAGUCCGAAGGAAGGUAUCUUUCUCCCCAUUUCGUCAUUAUCAUUUGAGAGGAAUGCUGUUGUUGGGAGGGCUAGUCCAGUGAGGAUGAUAUUCCCCUCUUAUGCAUGUAAAAGCUGUACAUCUCUAUCCUUUAUGUCCACCUGGGACUUAGAAACCCUCUGUGUUAUGACAGUGAUAAAUCUGAAAGUUUACUCAGUUAUUUUUCCGAGGAUUCACUCUGGCCUUUCCAUGCCCAUCUGGCAAAUGUUCCUGUAGAUAUCUUUAAGGUGCAGAUUCAUGUUUGUCCCUGUGAACAGCUUCUGAACUUCCAGCUCAAGGUUUAUGCCUCAAUAACAGCUCGUCCACCAGGACCCCGUGGAGUGGGCAGAAGUAUUAUUGGUGGAAGAUUAAACCCCAAUCUGCACCAUCAGUAAUGGUGCCCCACUAGACAGUACGUCUGACAUCCACAAAAAAUCUUCCAAACACUCCCAUCUUCAUUUCAGCACCUGUUAUAAGAUCAGUCUGAAGAAGGAUCCCAACCCCGAACCAUCACCGAUCCAUGUUCCCCAGUGAUGCUGCCUGACCUGUUGAGUUACUCCAGCACUUUGUGUCCUUUUCUGUUUCAAGAUUAGUGGUAGUGUCGCCAAUCACUCCCCAUCGCCAUCUCUGCUAAUAUCCUGACAAACAUCCCCUCUACACUUUCCACAAUGUCUCGGCUGAGGUCCCGGCACUCAUUUACAAAUUUCUAAAGUGACGUUUUUUCUGUAUUUAUAAACCCAAGUAGACAAUAGACAAUAGGUGCAGGAGUAGGCCAUUCAGCCCUUCGAGCCAGAACCACCAUUCAAUGUGCUCAUGGCUGAUCAUCCACAAUCAGUACCCUGUUCCUGCCUUCUCCCUACAUCCUUUGACUCCGCUAUCUUUAAGAGCUCUAUUUAACUAUCUCUUGAAAUUAGCCAUCUUAUCUACCUUUCCCCUCCCACUGGGAUUUCCCUGAUCACCACCAUUCUCAUUUAUGCUGUUCACAGUGGGUCAUCAUGUUGAGGGUCCUGAUGGCUGCUAUCAUAGAAACAUAGAAAAUAGGUGCAGGAGUAGGCCAUUCGGCCCUUCGAGCCUGCACCGCCAUUUGAU